GAAGCGCGCGCCGACCUGCGGAGCGGCGGCCGGGGGCGCCUGGAUCGCGAAGGCAGGCGCGCGCACACCGGCGGCGGUGCACACAGGUGGGCGACUCCGCCCCGAACCGCCUGAACCGCCCAGCCCGCGGUGCUGGGUCCCAGACGCAGCCGCGCCCCGAGGAGCCGGUCCUCCUCCCGGUCCCCGCCUUCGUCGGAGGGCAGGCGUUGGCGUUGAUCACAAGCGAGAAUGUGUUUACAGGAUGUGAGUUGAGUUCUUGCCACCUUUACCUUCUGAGAGCAUAGUGUGCCUCAUGGGGACAGGUGCAAACACGGAAGGGCAAUAUGAAGCCGGUAAAAAAAAAGAAAACCGAGGAACCCGAGUUGGAGCCCCUGUGCUGCUGUGAGUAUAUAGAUCGGAAUGGGGAAAAGAACCACGUGGCUGCCUGUUUGUGUGAUUGUCAAGACCUCGAUGAAGGCUGUGACAGAUGGCUUACCUGUAAAUCAGUGCGGCCAGAGGCUUGCGAAAGAAUCACAGAUACCAUUUCUGAUCGCCUCCGAAUUCCUUGGCUCAGAGGAGCCAAGAAAGUUAACAUUAGCAUCGUCCCUCCGCUCACGCUUCUGCCGGUUUUCCUCCACGUGGCUUCCUGGCACUUCCUGCUGGGGGUGGUGGUUCUGACCUCCCUUCCCGUGCUGGCGCUCUGGUACUACUACCUCACUCACAGACGGAAAGAGCAGACACUGUUUUUCCUGAGCCUGGGACUGUUCUCACUGGGCUACAUGUACUACGUGUUCCUGCGGGAAGUGGUUCCCAAAGGGCGUGUAGGGCCUGCUCAGCUGGCUCUUCUUACCUGCGGGCUGUUCCUCAUACUCUUAGCCUUGUACCGAGCCAAGAAGGAUCCAGGCUACCUCAGCAAUCCAGCAUGCAAUGACAAAUCCCCAAGCAACAGCCAAAUGGAAUGCCCCAUCAGAAAAGGGCAGGAGAAGACCAAAGGGUUCCCCGGCACAGAAACCUUGGGGAGCCUCAACAACCGCACGCCGAAGGAUGAUGUCAAGGGCUCCUCCAGGGUGGGACUCGACAGCCCUGCCAAGGUGAAGGAGGACUGGUGUGCCAAGUGCCAGCUAGUACGACCCGCCCGGGCAUGGCAUUGCCGGAUAUGUGGUAUCUGUGUUAGAAGAAUGGAUCAUCAUUGUGUCUGGAUAAACAGCUGCGUCGGAGAAUCAAACCAUCAAGCAUUUAUACUUGCCCUUUUGAUCUUCUUGCUCACUUCUGUGUAUGGGAUAUCGCUGACCUUGAACACCAUUUGUAGGGAUAGAAGCCUCUUCACAGCCCUCUUCUACUGUCCUGGAGUUUAUGCAAAUUACAGCUCGGCUCUGUCCUUCACCUGUGUGUGGUACUCCGUGAUCAUCACAGCGGGCAUGGCCUACAUCUUCCUCAUCCAGCUGAUAAACAUCAGCUACAAUGUGACGGAGAGGGAAGUCCAGCAGGCCCUACGGCAGAAGACAGGCCGCCGGCUCCUCUGUGGGCUCAUCGUGGACACAGGCCAGUACAACAGGGGCUUUCUGCGCAACUGGUACCAGUUCUCCACCCUGGGCGCACACACGGUCCACGCCCCUGCCGAGGACAUUGUCUGAAGUGCCUUCCCUGCAGCUCUGAGGGACACCCCUUUCUCUGUCCUUCCGUUUCACACUUCAGUGUCCAGCAGGAUUCACCAUCAUCACCCUCCUCUCAGAGGUCCUGCAGGGCCAUGCUCAGGUAUGAAGAAAGGACUAAAGAAAAGGAGGUUUUUCUUCUGGCUUCAUAACUUAAGGGAUCUGAAUCCUGAAGCUGCAAGAGUAGAGCCAUUUCCAGUCACCUCGCUGAAGCUGCCAAGGAUGUGGAUUACACAUGCACAGGCCAGUAGGAGGAGUUUCUGUCCAUUCAUGUGAGGAAAAGCGUUAGUUCAAAGGACAGUUCCCACCUAGCCCCCUUUCGAUUCUUAAUAGCCAUAUGACCCCUCGCUAGUCACUUUCCCAAGUCUCAGGUUCAUCUGGAUGGGGGCUUCUGCCUGGCUACCUCCGGAGCAGCCGCGAGGGCCACCUGAGGAGGGGCGUGAAAAGCACUCCUGUCCAAUUCAGGCAUUCGAAGGUAUCGGGUGUUAUUAGGGAGUCCCUAAGACUGAAGCCGACUGCUUGUCGAUCAGAAUACUGAAGCCAGUAUUACGAUGUUAUUGAAAUUCUCCUGAAGUGUUAGACCUUGUUCUCACGGGUCAGAGGUGGUAAGAGAUCAAGGCUGGGCGUCUCGUCUUGAGAAGGGCAGCUGACGAAAGGGAUAAUUACUAUCCACGCAGUGUGGCGUGGGCAGAAGUUUAAGUGAUGAGUGUUUAUUAAUGUAUCAUUUUAGGUUUACUGUAAUUCUAACAAAUAUGAAUUUCCUCCUUCUACAUUUCACCUGGUGAGGUGCUAGCACACAGGUGGCUGGAAGGGGAAGAGACUGUCCUGUUAGAAUGUUUUACCCAUUUUCCUGGCUAGGGAGGCUGAUUAAUAUCAAGGGCUUGAUUUUAUUAUUAUUAUUAUUAUUAUUAUUAUUAUUAUUAUUAUUGUGCGUGUAUUUCUAGUGCUAUAGGUUUAUAGCACAAAAUGGGAACUUCCAUCUGGCAUGAACUCUCUCUGGGUGACUGACACUUUCCCAGUCCACACUGUUUCUUGUUCCCCUUCCCUAUUAAAAGUAUCUCUCUAGGAGAGAACAACAGGGUACAUGCGCUUCCCAAUAAUGGACAGAUUGCUGCUUUCUAGCUCUCCCCGAUACCUAACUGUCCCUUCGUGUCUCAGAACUAUAACUUAGGAAAGACUGUAUAUUUCUGGAGAAUGGGCCGUCUUUCGGCCAGCCAUAGAGAUGGGAGAGUCCCAAGAGGAAAACUGCCCCUUGACGUGUUUGGUUUUUACACAUGUACUUUUCUGGGGUCCCAAAGAUCAAAGAUACUUUGGGAGACCUUAAAUUUGCCUUGGCCUUGUGGCUUCAUAGAGGGGAAACAGUGCUGCAUUUCCCCCAUUUGUGCCUGCUGAUAAGUGUGGAGAGGAAAUACCAGGGCCUCUGCAGUCAGCCCUGCUUUGCAGCGAGUGCCACCACCCUGAGGCUGGCCGUUAGCCAGGGCUCUCCUGAGAUCAGGGGCCUCAUUUCAUCCAGGUUUGUCAUUGCUCUCUCCAGAGAGCUGUUGUUUAACAAACAACAGACUCCAUAUUCUACUGGAGUUAGCCAGAGAGAGCCUGGGGGUGUUUGCGGCUUCCACAGCCUAUGCUUGUCCCAGGCCUAGAGUCAGUUAGAAUGAAAGUUGGCUUGGAAACAACUAAUUUCUGUGUGGGUUUUAGGUAAGAGAGAUGGUAGCAAUGUCAGACAGCUUAUGUGGGCAGAAAUUGGUAGUUUUCAUGUCUCUUGAAUGCCAGGUACAUAGCCAAGUCUGAACAUCCAGCUCUGCUAACAUAUAUACAAGUUGUAUAGUCAGAACUUGUAGCCUGCCUCAUCUUCAGCAGCAGUGCUUAUGUGAUGUGAUGGUGAGCGCUACACCAAGACCCAUCACUGGGAGAAAGGAAUGACCACGGCCUUUCUCAGAGUUGGCCACUCAAGGUCAGUUCCCCUCACAUGGAUGGGGGACUCCUUGUCGGCUCUGUGACUCACUGGAAUGAAGAUGCUUCCAUUUCUUUUCUUUUUAGACUUUCUUUUUUCUGUGUGUGUGUCUGU